AUGGCUGAACAGAAGAUAUUCGCCGGUCCCCGGAUCCGCCGCAUCCGCAACGCCAAGGGCCUGACCCAGACGGCGAUGGCCGAGGGGCUGGGCAUUUCGCCGUCCUAUCUCAAUCUGAUCGAGCGCAAUCAGCGGCCGCUGACCGUGCAGCUGAUCCUCAAGCUGUCUGCCGUCUACAAGAUCGAUGUCGAGGAACUGCAGGGCGAGGGCGGCGCCACCACGCUGGCGAGCCUCAAGGAAGUCUUCGCCGAUCCUUUGCUCAGUGGCGAACUGCCCGGCGAUCAGGAAGUGAUCGAGAUCGCCGAGGCCGCGCCCAAUGCCAGCGCCGCCAUCCUGAAGCUGCACCGCGCCUAUCGUGAGCAGGCCGAGCGCCUGUCGGAUCUGUCCGCCAUGCUCGCCCGUGACGGUCACAGCCCGGCCUUAUCGGGUGCGCGGCUGCCGAUGGAUGAAGUCCGCGAAGUGCUCGAAUCCCGUCCCAAUCAUCAUCCCGCUCUGGAGGAGGAAGCCGAAGCCUUUUACCAGCUGCUCAAGCCCGGCGAUGAUCUGAUGGGGGCACUCAAGGCCUGGUUGAAGACCGAACACGGCGUCGUCGUCCGCUCGCUGCCGGUUGCCACCAUGCCCAACUGGCGCCGCCGCUAUGACCGCCAUUCCCAGCGGCUGUUCCUGUCCGAGCGGCUGUCGCCGUUUGACCAGCUGCGCGAAGUCGCUAUGGAAGCGGCACUCAUCCGCAUGAAUGUCGCCAUCGCCGCUGGUAUCAACGAGCUCAAGCUGUCGAGCGACGAGGCUCGCCGCAUCGCCCGCUUUGAGCUGGCCCGCUACGCAGCCCACGCUUUGAUGAUGCCCUAUCAGGGCUUUCACUCUGCUGCCCAGCGGGCGCGCUAUGACAUCGAUGUUCUCAAAUCCCGCUUCGGUGUGUCUUUCGAACAGGCCGCCAACCGUCUCACCACCCUGUGCCGUCCGAGCCUCGAGGGUGUGCCGUUCUUCAUGCUCGAGGUCGAUGUUGCCGGCCAUCGUUUCCGCCGCGCCGGCGCGCAAGGCUUCCCGCAGCAGCGCUUCGGCGGCAAUUGCCCGAAGUUGUCGAUCCAUGCGGCUUUCUCGCAGCCCUCACAGGUGCUGGUCGAGGCGGUCGAGCUGCCCGGCGGAGCCGAGUUCCUGACCAUCUCGCGCACCCUGGAAGGACCGCAGGGCGCUUUUUCCGAACGCCCCCGCCGCACCGCCAUUCUGCUUGGCUGCGACAUCGGCUUUCGCGAAGAAAUAGUCUAUGGCGGUGCGCUGGCGAUGAGCAGUGGCAAGGCACCGCAACCUGUCUCGAUUCCGGUCGGAAUGACCCUGAAAAUCCGCCUAAUCUCCACAGCCGUCAUGCUCGCUGCAUCGACCGUGCUUGCCACUGCCCAGGAGCGCGUCGUCAACGUCUACAACUGGUCCGAUUACAUCGAUGAAUCCAUUCUUGAGGAAUUCACCGCUGAAACCGGAAUCAAGGUUGUCUAUGACGUUUUCGAUUCCAACGAAGUGCUGGAAACCAAACUGCUGGCCGGUUCCACCGGCUACGACAUCGUCGUGCCCACCGGUACCUUCCUGGCUCGCCAGAUCCAGGCCGGCGUGUUCCAGAAGCUCGACAAGUCCAAGCUGCCCAAUCUGGAGAACAUGGACCCGGCGAUCAUGUCGCGGCUGGAAAAAUACGAUCCCGGCAAUGAAUACGCCAUCAACUACAUGUGGGGCACCACCGGUCUCGGCAUCAAUGUCGACAAGGUCAAGGAGCGCCUCGCUGGCCGAUUGCGGCGUCUACAUGCUCGAUACGCCUGA